AUGGCGGCCCCCAUCGCCCCCAUCGUUCUCGAUGAGGACACGUGGACCUGCGACAAUCCCAACAUCGUGAUGGUCAAGAUGCCCGAAAUGUCCCACAUUCCGGAGGGAGAGCGUCCGGUUGUCAUGCUGAGACUGCCUGAUGGCACCAUGGCAGACAUACAGACGAUGAACCUUCCGAGCAAUGUCAAAAGGCUGCUCAGCGACAUCGACAUGGACCGAAACGGAGUCGUGGACGACCCGAAUGUGGAUCACGUGGUUAAGAUGCUGGAGAUGAUGCGCGAGGAAUUCGGCUGUGAGAAGGGCCACGUGGCACAAGAAGAGAUGGACAAAGCGCUGAUACUGAUGUCGAAUCUCUUGCGCCAGAAGCGCGAGAACUCGGCAGAUAUGAGCUAUCGCCAUCUGAGCCCCUGCAUUCAGGACGUGAUGAAGGAGUGGGAUAUCGACGGUGACGGCACGGUGGCUCUUCAUGAGCUCACGGAGGCCGCCCAUGCCUACAAGAAGGUCAAGAAGGAAGGCCGUCGGAUGAAGAAGAUGAUCAUCGGCCUCUGCUGCGUCAUCGGUGUGCUGCUGACGGGGAUGUUCGUACUCUCCUAUGUGGCAGCAGACAUGGCGAAGGAGAUGCGCAGCAGUGGCGACGGAGUGAUGCGCGCACAGGGCGAGGUGGUGAAGGUUGCGAGCUCCGACUUCACUUUGGUGGAUGGCCAGCUUGUAGCUCGUGGGGAACCCGCUGCGGCCGAGUGCGGUACCAAUACCACCUGCCGUCGUCUGCAACGCCGCGGAGGUUUUCAGAAACCACUGCAAACGGCUCCGGCGACGAAGAGGGUGGAAGGAAUCUGCUCCCAGUCGAAACGGUCGAACUUCGACAGGCUCAAGGCCUUGGACUUUCGCUGCGUGCAGCCUCUGCAUCUGCCGGUCGACAAGGUCAUGUCCGCCGAGAUGCGGGAGUGCAAUUGCGGACUUGUCAUGAACAUCCACACGAAGGAGGGCAUCGUGACCCUCGACGGAUGCGACGUGUAUGUGGAUGACCCGAUGUUCGAAUUCUUGGAGCAGGCUCAAUGUGCAAGGCUGACGAAGAAAGUGAGAAAAAGGGGCGGCCAACCUCCUCCAGGUCGCCAGGGCCGGGGCGGCCGCCGGGGUGGCCGGCAGCUGCUAGGAGCAACAGACAUCCUGGAUGGCACUUUUGAGUGGUUCGAGGAAGGCGAGGAGCCCUGCGAGAGCAACCCUCUCCCCGAUCCGCAGAGCAUCCCACAGUAUUAUCGCGCGGAGGUUCGCAUCACUGAGCUGCACCCGGAGCCCAUGAAGUCCUUGAAGCGUUGUUUCGGAUUUGUGAGCUGGGCUUCAUCGUCGGUGAGCUUCGUCUACGACCCGCAGGUCGAGGCCUUCUCCCAGUACUUCAGCGACGCCAACGGCUCCGCCCUGACCCUGCCGGGUAUUGUUUCCUACGACGGAAAGGUCUACAAGACCUGGACCGAGGAGGUUGUGAGGGCCGCGGACUCCGAAGUCCAUGUGAAGCGCUAUGCCAUGCAUCCUCUGCAGGCCGAGCUGCACUUGAUGAAGGCUGGCGUCUUGGCGCAAAUGGAUCUUCUUGGAUCCCGAGGCUUCCGCUGCCAGAUUGGCGACGGCGACCUCGGCGCAGAGAGCUUUAACUUCUCAUGGCAGCCGAGUAUGGAAUACCAGGGCACCGUCGCAGAGCCGGACGGCCGCAUUCUACGCCAUUGGAGGAGGGCUGAGGGUUUCAGAGGUUGUUGCUCGCCCGAUGUCCACGCCAAUUCCAAAUAA